AGUGUUGUUUGAACCAUUGCAUUAAGAAAAAAUUCAUGGUAGCUGCUGGGUUCAUGGAUUACACGUCUUUCUCUUUUUUGCAAACCAACAUGAGUUUUUGUCCUUGUUGUAAUCAACACUUCAAAUGUUUUGCAGUUCUGAGAGUUAGGCGUGUUGACAUGGAGAAAGAAUCCGCAUUCGGGAGGGACGAGAAUGAUACUGAUAAGGUGACUAAGACUGAUAACAAAAUUUUGAACGAAGAUGAUGAGAGCAGCGACAAUGAUUCCGUCUCGUCAUAUGAUAUCUUACCUCCGGAUGAUUUUCAUAAUAAUGAACAUGGCGCAAAUAGUGAAAACGUAAGUGGCGUAUAUUUUGAUUUUAUUUUUGAAUUUGCAAAGUAUGGCAUGGCUAACUAUAUAUCUUUGUGUACAAAUUUGCAGGAAGAUGUGGAUGUUGACAAUGUGCAACAUAGUUGGCAGGAAUCAUUUGCAGAUAACUUGAGCCAGGAGGAGUCAGAUGGUCCUAGCGUUGAUCACGAUGAGGGAGAGAUCGAUAUUGAGGAGGCUCAAAGGCAGCAGAAGAUGCUUGAGACACAUUGGAAGGUCAUGGCUAUGACCUUUCGGUCGCAAGGGGAUGCAUACAUAUUCUACAACAACCACGCCAGAGAGCACGGGUUUAGCAUCAGGAAACAGAAGGUGAAACGAGGUGCUUCGGGAAUGAUACGGUACCGGCGGUUUCUUUGCUCCAGGGCAGGGAGAAGGCAGAGCAAGUUCAUAACCAUGGAGGGCCGCAAGCGCUGGCUUAGACCGGAGACUCGUUGCGACUGCGGUGCACAUAUGAUGGUGAAGCUGGACAGAGAACGUGGCGUUUGGUUCGUCGCAUCAUUCGUGGAUGAUCACAACCACGCGAUGGCUCGGCCCGACGAGGUUUGCUUUUUUGGUCACACAGACGGAUUGGAGAUGGCCAGAGGGCCGAGAUAUUGGCGAUGGAAGCGGCCGGGAUAAGAAAGCAUAUUAUAAUGGACAACUUCAUCAGCAGAUACGGUUCGUACGAUAAGUGCGGGCUUAUCAGGAGGGACAUUUACAAUCUUUGUUGCAAAGAAAAAAUGAAGCUCAUUGCAAAGGGUGAUGCAGAGACGGCAGUUGGCAUUAUGAGGAGCAGGAAGGAGAAGGACCCUGAGUUUUUUUUUUGAGUAUGUGUGUGACAAGGAAGGGCGACUGAAGAGUAUGUUCUGGUGCGAUGCACAGUCGCGGAGGGACUAUCAGGACUACGGAGAUGUGGUCGUGUUUGAUAGCACGUAUAAGAUGAACAGAUACGGUAUGCCGUUCGUCCCCUUUGUCGGAGUUAACAACCACCGUUGCACCACAGUGUUUGGUUGUGCCAUCAUUGCUGACGAGACGGAAGGGACAUACGUGUGGCUGCUGCAGACAUUUAUGAAGGCAAACUGUUAGGUGAAGCCAAAGUCAAUAAUCACAGACGGUGACACUGCAAUGAUUCGGACUAUUCGGACUGUCCUUUCAGAUGUUUUCCAUCGUCUUUGCUCCUGGCAUAUCGAGAAAAAUAUGCAGAGGCACCUGCAUUACAAGUCACUGGAUGAGUUCAGAUCGCUCCUGUACUAUGCCACCUCUCAAGCGAACUUUGAGCAGAGAUGGAAAGCUUUCUAUGAUAAGUGGAAGACGGAUAGAACUGAAGAGUGGCUUGACAGGAUGUACAGGAAGAGGAGACUUUGGGCAGCUUCAUAUCUUUCCGAUGGUUUUUUCCUUGGUAUGCGAAGUAACCAGAGGAGUGAAAGCCUCAACUCCUGCCUUCACCUUCACCUGGACUACGGUAUGACAAUUGUUGAUUUGGUGGUGCAUUAUGAGAACUGUAUAGUUCUCCUGCGUGAGAACGAGGCGUACGAUGAC